AUAUCACUCUGUUAGAGAUUAUACUUCGGCCCAUACCGAAAAUUCAAAUAAUAAUGUGGUUUAAUUUGGUUUAAGAUAUUACAUCGGUUUAAAUCAUCCGGUUAUAAACAAUUAGACCAGAUAUAGUUGCUACCACUACGAUUCAGUCCACCGCCUGGAGAGACACUCUUCCUCCUGAAAAGUUCGUCGCUUUCAAGCUCUCUGGAUCUUCCAAUACGUAAAAGUGCUGCAAGGGGCAAAAUGGGAAGAGAAAAGAAGAGUCCUGGCUUGAAGAUCCUCUGGGUUUGGACUAUUGGCACUGCUGCUAUAUUGGUGGCGAGUGUUGUCCGGACAAGAAUGCAUGACAUGGAGACGAUGAUGAACCAGGAGCAAGCACCACCGAAACAAAACCAGAACGUAAAUGCUGGCCACUCUGUCUUAACGGAUGAAACUGUUUUGCCUGAGUCGGAUCGAGAGAUUGCCAAAGAACUCAAAUGAAGUACAAGACUUGUUCUGCUGUUUUUUCUUCUUCUUGUUUUAUCCUCUUCCUUUUGUUAGUUUAUGUAUGUGUAGUUUGCGACUAAUACUAUCAUUAGAAGAUCCUAGAUGUUACAUAGAGAAUAAUUUGAAAAAUGAAUCGAUCAAGAAGUUUUAUGAGUGCUUA